ACCACGCGCGCCCCUAUAAAUCUUGCUCUAUUGGUCCCUUCGCUUCUGCGAUGUUUGGUUGCCGAGAAAACCGAGCAAAAAGGAGAAGGAAAAGAAAAAUAGUUUUGAUCCUUGGUUCUCUUCAGGUUCAAUAGAAAAGGAAAACUUAGAAUGGCAACUGCUACAUAUCCUCCACCACCACCGUAUUACAGACUCUACAAAGAUUACAUACAAAACCCUAAAUCUGCCCCAGAGCCUCCACCUCCUAUCGAAGGGACCUACGCUCUCUUUGGUGCCACCUACACUACUGAUGAUGUACUUCCAAGCUUAGAAGAACAAGGAGUUCGUCAGUUGUAUCCUAAAGGAUCCAAUGUUGAUUUCAAGAAGGAAUUAAGGUCGCUUAACAGAGAAUUGCAGUUGCACUUGUUGGAGCUUGCUGAUGUUCUUGUUGAGAGACCAUCACAAUAUGCAAGGAGGGUUGAAGACAUAUCCCUCAUAUUCAAGAACUUACAUCACCUUCUCAAUUCAUUGCGACCACACCAGGCAAGGGCAACGCUAAUUCACAUUCUAGAACUUCAGAUACAACGUCGUAAACAAGCAGUGGAGGAUAUCAAGAGGUAUGCUUCUCUAAAUCUCAAGAGGCUGCUUGGAAAACAUUUGAGAACAGAGUGUUUCUGUUUGUUUCUGGAGUAUUUAAAAUGAAUAUUUGCUUUUACAAUCCCAUUCAAAGCAAGAUCACGUGAUAUUUACCCACUCGCAUCAACACUCCAGUCCAGCCGUGAGUGUCUGCAACAAAAGCUUUAUUUGGGAAACUUGUUUUCAUAGGCUGAUCACUAUGCUACUUAUCAUGCCAAAACUUCUUAUAAACCCGUCUCCAGCGGAGAAACAAAUGUUUUUGAAGAAAACACUUUGCACAACUAAUGCUUUUCCACAUCCCUUUUUCCAUGUGACACCAAGGCAUCCACAUUCAUUGUCUUCCUUGAGCUGUUCCUCUCCUUGGUGAGCUUCCAGAGCCAUUUGUCCAACAAACCAUCAGCAAGCAAAUCCGAAACUCUCCCAACAUUUGGCAAAUGCAUGACCCUUAAGUUCAUUCUAUGGAUGUUUUUUCUGAUUCUCUAAAGCACCUUGGCAAUUUCUUUAACCUUUUAGAAGCUGAAACAAGGAUUGUAGAGUUGGAUGUGGAGUCUUGACUAAAUGCUCUUGAGAAGGACCUGUCUACCACCUUCAGAAAGGUACUGCCUUUUCUAGUCAGCCAACCUCCUCUUAAGUCUUUCUACUACAGUGCUCCACGCAUAGUAAUGAAGCAUACAGGAGGUAGAGUACCCCACCACGCAUAGUAAUGAAACGCAUAGUAAUGAAGCAGCUGGGUAGGAGUUGUUAUCCACUUGCCCCACUUGAUUUGGCUUGUGUCACUGGGUUCAACUCUUUAGAUACUGAAUCUUGGUCAAAUCUGCCAUGCAAAAUAGUAUGGUAAUGAUCAGCACGAAGGAAAUAUUAAACCAAAUCUCCUCAUCCCACACCUCAAACCAACCCUGAAACCCUGAAUGACCUCUACCCAUUCCAUGGCUAUUAACCUACCAUGCAUCUCUAUCCAGAUAUGAGAACCUAGAAAGGGUAUAGAGGAUCUCCUCAUUGGCGGUGGAGUCCCAUUAACCAACAUGAAGAGCCAUACUCUGCUUUUAUCCAUUCAACCCACUUCUCUUCCAACCAAAGCCGACCCAUCAUUUACAGAAGGAAGUUACAGUCGACAUGGUCUAAAGCUUUCCUUUACCAAUAACUGGAAGCUUUAGUAGAUUCCCCAUGUCCAAAUACAGACUCCAAAAACCUGAGAUACCCGAAUGACAUUUGGGGUAAGCGGCUUUACUUUUUUUAGAUUUGGGAGUUUACUCAUUGAUAUAAUAUUAAUAUAGGUGGGCUGUCCACCCUGCUACAGCUUCAUCUCGUGUGUAAGCAAGCCAAUGGGUACUGACUAAACCACUGGCUUUGUCAAGGUUUAAUUUCCACUUGAAACCACGGGGAGCCAUUGUAAUUCCCCAUUCCCCGAAUAUCAUGAACUUUUUAAAAUAAACCAUAACUGUGGUCUGAUUGGUUAACGAUUUGCGCUGAUUGUGGUUUCCUUUGCUUGUGUAGAAGGAGAGAAGAAGCACAAAGACUUCUCAAAGAGGCCGUGGGAACCUUGGAAGGACAGUAGACCAUGAACAGCCCCCAUCAUCAGCCUACACUUUUUCUAUAUCUUUUAUAUGUAUUCCGAAAAUUUUUCCUUCUUCCUUUUUGUCUUUUGUGAGGAAUACUAGUUGCUAUCAAACUAGUAAAGUUAUGAAUUUCCAAGUUCUCACUUAAAGGGGAAUUUUUUUUACUUCA